AUGUCAUCACCGCCGCCAACGAACCCCCUAAAACGCCCCUCGAUCUCAUCCUCCGCCUCCCUGCCGCUCGGCACCAACCCUAAACGACCACGCAUGCACCCGCUCCGCCAGACUUCCUUCCCGACGACGAUCGACGCGGAUUCGCGCGGAUAUGGUGCUGCUAGCGAUGCGGGCAGCGUGACGGGCAGUUUCACGGGGACGGAGAAGGAGCGCGAGAAGGAGGAUGCGGCGAGAGGGGAGAUGCGGUCGUCCGUGGAUGCGGAGGGGUCUGUGAGAGCUGGUGCGACGGGCGGCGGAGGCGGAGAUGAUGGGGAUGAUGACGAGGAUUUCGAGGAUGAAGGGGAACUGCUGGGAAGAGAGGAAGGCGCUACGGAUACGGAGGCGGAGAAGAAAAAUCUUGCAUUGCUGGUCGAUGCUUUUAAUCCUUUACAGUCCGAGCGGUACGAUCUGUUUAAACGAGCGAAGCUGAGGAAAGAGACCCUGCGGCGUAUUGUGAAUCAUGCGCUAUCACAGUCCGUGCCGGCGAGUGUGGUGACUACGAUCAACGGGUUUACGAAGGUGUUUGCAGGAGAGAUUAUUGAAAAGGCUCGGACGGUGCAGGCUGAAUGGGCGGAGGCACACGAUCAGGCUGCGAUAGCUGCUUUUGAGGCUGAAGAGGCCGCGACAAUGGCGCGAGCUGCGAAUGCGUCGGCUCCUGGCACUCCAGGUCCCGGUACGCCGGGGCCCGGCGGACUGCCUCUAGUGAAACAAGAGUCCUCGAAUCCCUCGUCUUUCCCGUCUACACGUGCCCCCGGGACGCCGGUCCCAUCCGGCGUAGCAAGUCCGCAGCAGUCGGUAAACGGCACUGCACAACCUACACGGGAGCGGAUAUUCAAGAUGCCUCCUAAUCCCCACCGGGGACAACUACUUCCGUCGCAUUUGCGAGAGGCUUUACGACGCUGGAAGCGGGAUGGAGAGGGAGGCGGUGUCGGCUUCUCCGGACUGAGUAUGGGCAAUCUGGGAGUUCGGGGAUCGGUGACGUGGGGGGCAGGCAGUAUUGGCGGGCGACGAAUUUUCCGCUAA